AUGUCUGACAACACCCAACCCUCCACUCUCAAGUCGCUCGCCGACUCUACCAUCGGUGCCGUCCAGUCCACUAUUGGCAGCCUCACUGGCAACACCCAAGACCAGGUCAAGGGUGAUGCCCGCGAGAAGAAGGCUGAUGCUGAAUACGACGCUUCACACGCCACCGCCAAGGUUCCAGGUGCUGCUAUCUCAGGCUCUGGCGCCGUCACCCGCGACAACUCUGAUCGCACCAACGGCUCAUGGAACCAGACCGUCGGUGCCGCAAAGGAGACCGUCGGCGGACUCAUCGGCAAUGAGUCCCUGAAGACCUCAGGACGACAGCAGAACCUUGAGGGUCAGCAGCAGGAGGCCAAGGGCCAGCUUAGCGACCUCGGCUCCGGUAUUUCUGACAGAGCCUACGGAACAGUCGGCAGCGCUGUCAGCGGAUUGACUGGCGACAAGAAGGGUCAAGCCCACUUCGAGCAGCUGCGUGCCGAGGGCAAGACUCAGCAGCGCGGUGUUGAGCACGACAUUCUGAAGAAGGCUGAGGCCGAGGACAAGCACCGCGAGAAUGUCUAG